AUGGAUCCCACGCAGUGUGUUUCCUAUCGGCUACUUCCUGAUUGUGGUACACAGACGCUUGGUGAAAGGUUUACCGGGAGAGUCACUGUCGAAUGGAAGAUCUGGACGGCAGUAGAUGAUUCAUCGCCCCCCACCCUAAUGGAGUUCUCAUACACCGACGGGUUACCCGAUAAGCUAGACUGGGGACUGCCAAUAUAUAUACAGGAGAAACUUAAAGUGUUAACGCUUGGGUCUGCCUCCGGAAUUCAAUUCCCACUUGACCUUAUGUUUCCUAGAACCUCCAGGGGUGAAAAAGGUGCCCUCAUACUCACCAUAAGAGACCUCAGGCCAAGGGUGCUACCGGGACGAUUGAUGUUACUCGAUGGUAUUCCUAGGUGCAUCGGGGGGUUCUUCUUCAGAGUGAUGUCGGGUUCAGGCUGGAAUAUUGCAGCAGAGGAUAUACCCCAGGCCACGAAGAAGUGGGCUAACGAGCUACUAAGAGAGGACUCGCGUCCAUAUUGGUACCGAUUUAGUCUGGAAUAUUGCGCAGGCGUUAACACGAUAGAAGAUAUCUGUGCAAUAUUCCUCCAAUACUCUACCAAAGCUUCCCCGUUCUACUCUUAG